CAUGGUUUGCACAGCAGGUUACUUGCCGUGCUCGAUUUUUCCUUCCACGGACGAUUCUGUCAUUCGCCUCUACUGCCGGUGGUCGUGCCAGUCAUGCUCCUACUGGUUCUUUGUGAUUUGAAAGCAACUGACUACUCAAUACCAAUCAGUGCAUGGAGGGAACUCCUCUCCACCAUGCCGGCGACAGGAACAGGGAAAACGCAGUCCACGGUGCCACCAAUGAACAAGGCCGAGACAAGCAUUGUAAGGAUCCCAGUUAGAAUGAUGCUUGAUCUCCUGUUAGAGCAUCUUGGGCUUCACAAGGCCAUCAGAGACUCGGGCUCAAUCGGGCCAAUAGCUCCUGUGCGACGUUUUUCAUGCGAAUUUGAAGGAGUGCGACGUUGUUGGAAUGAAUGGCUGUGAUGCGACGUUUUAGAAGCAAACAAUAGCUCUAA